UCUGAAUCCCUUAUCAUUCGACUGCUAGCACGAUGUGCUAACAUGUUAUCAACAGAUCCGUACCGGUGUUCGACAAAUGACCAGUUUCCUGUUGUGCUUUCAUCUGAGAAUCAGCAUGAAGUUACAGAAAUCCAGGAAUCUGCGCCACUGAGUAGUAAACAACGACGGGCCUGUCUGAAAAGAGAAAGAAGAAAAAGAAAACGUCAAGCUCUUGCUAAACUCAGACAAUGUGGUAGUGCUGAUCAGAAUGUAAUUGAGCACGAGCAAGAUGAUGAUGAGGAUGAAGAGCAGAGAGAGCGAGAGUGUUUGCACCGGGAAUGGUUGGAGAGAGAGAGAAUUGCUCAAGAGGAAUUUAGGCUGAGGAAAGAGAAAGAAGACACUGCUCAAAAGAAAAAGGAGGAGGAAGAGAGGAGGAUCAGGGAGGAAUGGGAGGAACAGCAGAGAAAGGAAAGAGAGAAGCAGGAGCAAAAGCAGCAGGAGAAGAGAGACAGAGAGGAAGCUGUACAGAAACUGUUGGAUCAAGCAGAAAGCCAGUUGGAAAAUGGAGGCUCUUGGAAAAAUCCUGAUGCCCCUGUGGAUUUUGGGACUGAAAAAGACAAGGCAAACUGCCCCUUUUUUAUUAAAACGGGAGCUUGCAGAUUUGGAGACCGGUGCUCCCGAAAACACGAUCACCCAUCGUCGAGUAGCACCUUGAUGGUUCGGGCUAUGUUUGUGACCUUCGCCAUGGAGCAGAGCAGACGUGAUGACUACGACACAGACGCAAGUCUUGAGUACAGUGAUGACGAGACGCGGCAGCAGUUUCUAGACUUCUACGAAGACGUUCUUCCAGAAUUUAGGAACGCGGGCAAAGUUGUGCAGUUCAAGGUGAGCUGCAACUUUGAACCCCAUUUAAGAGGCAAUGUCUAUGUGCAGUAUGACACUGAGGAGCAGUGUAAAGAAGCUUUCAUGAUGUUUAACGGACGGUGGUAUGCAGGGAGGCAACUGCAGUGCGAAUUCUCUCCUGUGACCAAGUGGAAAACGGCAAUAUGUGGACUUUAUGACCGGCGCAAGUGUCCAAAGGGGAAGCACUGCAACUUCCUCCAUGUGUUUCAAAACCCGGGGAAUGAAUUCUGGGAGGCAGACCGUGACCUCCAUUUAUCGUCUGACCGUGGUGGAGGCCUCAGCGGACGGCACAGGGCCUCGUCACAGCGUGGAUACAGCCCUGAACAAUCUCGCUACAGACAAGGAGACAGGUGGAGCCACAGAAGCAGAGAGGGCUGGAGCAGCCGCAGUAGGGAGAGGCGGAGCCGCAGUAGGGAGAGGCGGAGCCGCAGCAGAGACAGUCAAAAGGUUCACCAUUCUCAGAGAAGGGAAAGAUUUUCCUCAAAUGACCAAGGCAGGAGAAGCAGAAGCCGUGAGAGACGCAGAUCACGUACUAGAAGCCGUGAGAGAAAUUCUCAGAGUGGAAGAUCUUGUAGGAGAUCAGAAUCCCAUGUCCCUGAAGAUCAAAUAAAAAAUGGAUCCAUCAAGAGGAAGACCAAAAGGAGUGAGAGCAAAAGCCCCAAAAUGGGCGAUGCUUCUUCAGCGGAUAACUCCUCACACCACAAACGCUCAAAAAAGAGCAAGAGCAAGAAAAAGAAAAAGAGCAAAAAGAAACAAAAGCGAAAGAGGAGUAAAUCCAGCAGCGUCAGCUCUUCGGCAGCUUCUGCUAUAGACUCGGGGGAUGACGAAGUUCAAGAGACACCAAAAAACGAAGACGUACAAAAGGCUGGAGAGGAUGCCGAGGUUAACGAGAACAUGAAAUCAGUUUCACCUGAAGACACUGAAGCUGCACCUGCCAGCUUUAGUACUGAAAGUGUCCCAGAUUAAAGUGUCUGCAGGAAAAGACAUUGCUGUGUUGCCAGGUUUUGGCUGUUUCUGUUGAGAUCUGUAAAUAAAUGUUGUUACCGUUU